AUGGACACACCUCGCCUCGAGCUGCACCGCCCCACCAACGGACCCCUGGUCGCCGUCGUGCGCAUGACUGACACCCCUGAGCGGAUUGAACAGGCUCACAUGCCCAUCUAUGUACACCUCCCUCAGCCGCCCAGCAUCGAUGACACCAUCGAGCUCUUCAUGCUCGCCCUGCACCAGGCCGUGCCCUUCAUGCUUAUGGCCCAGUACUUCGACCGCCGUGAUGAGCCUGACCCUGGCGACCCACCGCAGAUGCUGGUGGAGGGCAAGCCCGGCACCGGAAAGACCCAAUUCAUACAGGCGCUGCUCUGGUACACAUUCCAGCAUGGCUGCCCGCACUGGGCGGCCACCUGCGCCUACUCCUGGGCCGCCGCAGCUGCCUUCGACACGCCAGUGCACCGCAGCCUCUCCACCCACGCCAUGUUUGCCCUCUCCGCUGGCAACAACCGAGCGGAGAGUGUCAGGAAAGGCAGCGCUGCCAGCCUACAGGUGCACCGCAAUGCCGGCACUGGUGCGCUCAUGAUUGAUGAGAUCGGCAUGAACAGCCUAGACCACCUGGGCGCGUGCAACCAGUCAUGCACCCAUCACCUGUUGCCGCCAUCACAUCUCGCCGGCGACCACCCCGCCGCCACCAUCUUCAGCGGCCGCCCCAGCGCCAACACAGGCGAUGAGUUCCAGCACCCAAAGCCAGAGGAUGACAACAAUGGCGUCCCUAACGAUGCUGCUGCUGGAGCUCAAGGCGGCAAACAGCAAGCCGAAGUAACAGCACGCCACACCCGGGCCGUCCCACAGACCCAGAGCCGCAUCCUCGAGGGCUUCCGGGUCUACCGAGCCCUGGCCAAGACGGUCUUCUUGCUGGUGAAGCAGCAGCGCCAGGACAGCAGUCCCUCUGGUCGUCGCCUGACAGAGAACGAACCACGCCACAUGCUCAACACCCGGCUCAUCAUGCUGGAGGCACACCGCAAGAACCAGCGCCUUAUGGUGUGGAACGCCGACCACGUCCCUGUCCAGAAGCGCGGCGCCGCUGUGGAGCCACCCUUAACACACGUGGAGAAAGCAGUUGUGAUGUGGAUCAAGGAUGACGAGUUUGGCCACACCACCGCCGACACAUGGUACUACCAUGGCGCCCGUUACAUCCUCCUUGACACGACGGCAGCUGAUGCCGGGGCGAGUCACAACAACGAAGUGGAAGCCUGCGGCUUGCUUGAAGAUGGCUGCGAGCCAGCAGAUGACGGCCGUGGGCCAUACCACUGGCUCAAGUACCUGCCAGCGGCCGUCAUUGUGCGGCCUGUGAGCGGCCACAUCCCCGAGACCGUGCUGCAGGGCCUUGGAGACUACGCAAGCAGGGGUGGCGCCUUCAUCCUGACACCCCGGGCGUCUUGCAUGGCCGAGGUGGAGAUGCCCGCCGCCGGAUGUGGCACCAUCACAAAGCAGAUCCGGCGCCUCAACGUGCUGCUGGGCGACCGCCAGGAGGCCACGGGGACAAAAGACUACGUUUCUCCUCCAUCUCUCCCUAGGCCUCUUGAUGGCAGCCCGGGCGUUACGGCGGUGGCCCGCGCCAAUGGCAUCAGUGGUCCAGUCGCCCACAAACUUAGGAACUAUCUACGGCAGAAGGCUCUGAAGAUGGACGCGUUCAUUGCGGAAUUAGUGAAGGCGUCCGAGUACUGCGGCGCCAAGCACGUGCAAGAGGCGCUGGUGACCACACUUGGCAUCGACGCCUUGGAGUCGAUCACACUCCUUCGUGUUCUUGUCCCCAAGGACAACAACGAGCGCCGGAACAGUAACGCCUCAUCUGUAACUGAGCCUUCCACAACCAAGCAAGUGGCCAAGCACUUGUCCUCCACCAUACCAUUGAAGUACCAGGUGGUCGUUAAGAAGGUUGCGAAGCCCGACGCCAUCAAGAUAAACAAGUGGUACACGUGCGGGCUUAAGGGCGCGGUGAAGGACACAACCGACGUUGUUGACCUUAAGAAGUUGGGGAAGCGGUGGAUGGCGGCGCUCUUCCAGUCACUGACUGGAGACAGCCUCUCAAAGGUUCAGCAGGAAGACAAGGCUACGUACGACGCUGUCUAUGACGCCUUGAAGGCGAAGCUGCAAAACGCGAUGGCAAACCAUCAGUCAGAGAAGAAGAAGUCGGACUUCUUCAAGGCCAUCGGACUGACGACUGCAGACAAGGCUAAGCUCGAGACCGUGGCGACUUUGGACGCCGUCGGUGCGACCAAGCUCUUUAAGGAGUGGGUGACUGCCCAUGUCGAGGUCAGCACUCAGCCAGCAGGCCAGGCCAACGUUAUGGAGACGCAGCAGGAGCCCCUCGGCCAGAAGAGCAGCCGCCAGGAUGGGGAUGAGGGAGACGAUGGGGACUACAGCGGGGACGAGGGCGAGGGCAGGGAAGACGACGGCGAGGGCGGGGAGGACGACGGCGAGGGCGGGGAGGACGACGGCGAGGGCGGGGAGGACGACGGCGAGGGCGGGGAGGACGACGGCGAGGGCGGGGAGGACGACGGCGAGGGCGGGGAGGACGACGGCGAGGGCGGGGAGGACGACGGCGAGGGCGGGGAGGACGACGGCGAGGGCGGGGAGGACGACGGCGAGGGCGGGGAGGACGACGGCGAGGGCGAGUGCGCGGAGGAUGAGGGCGGGGAGGAUGAGGGUGGGGAGGACGGGGACUGGCCGUACGAGAGCGGGGAUUACAUGGGUGGGGAGGACGAGGACUGGGAGGACAAGGGAGGGGAGGACAAGGGAGGGGAGGACAAGGGAGGGGAGGACGAGGGAGGGGAGGAUGAGGGAGGGGAUGAGGACGAGGGGACGGGGGGCAAAGUCCUGUUCGAGAAGUACGGCAGAAGCAAAAGCCAGAAGGUCCACAGCAAGUCCGUGCCUCAACCAACUGGGCGCCGCAAGGUCCUGGUGACCGGACAACAUGACAAAGGGGCAUUGGAUGCCAGAGGGCGGCCCACACGCCUGAGGCAACCCUCGGCUAAGGCUCGGGAGAGCCAAGAAACGGUGGCCAUGGUGGUGCCUGCUCGAACCAAGCGUCCACGCCCUAAGGAAACCCCACUGGUGUUGCCGGAGGACCCAUCGGCUUUCGGGGCCACAGUGUCAAACCCCGCAAAGAGGAAGGAAUCGUUUGGUGUCGGUAACGGCCGAGCUGUACAGACCCACGGGGCUAAGGUGCAGCAGGAGAAGGGCAAGAAGGCCAUGGCAGAGAUUCGGAAGGGGGGGCUGAAGAAGCAGCGGAGGUAG